UCAAACCUGUCCCUCUAUCCUCCUAGACUGUAAGGGACCUCUUCAGACAUCUUGGGCUACACAGCUGGUGACAGAAAGCACAGGGUCAGACGACACAAGCUAAGCUGUUAGCCUGACUCUAUGCUCUUUCUGAUGUACCAGAUUCUAGUUCUAUUGCCCUAUUGGAUCCCAUUUCAGAUAACCAUCUAUGACCAGGAGAACUUCCAGGGCAAGAGGAUGGAGUUCACAAGCUCCUGCCCAAAUGUCUCCGAACGUGGUUUUGAUAAUGUCCGGUCUCUGAAGGUGGAAUGUGGCGCAUGGAUUGGUUAUGAACAUACCAGCUUCUGUGGGCAACAGUUCAUUCUGGAGAGAGGAGAAUACCCUCGCUGGGAUGCUUGGAGCGGGAGUAACGCCUACCACAUUGAGCGUCUCAUGUCCUUCCGCCCUAUCUGUUCUGCAAAUCAUAAGGAGUCUAAGAUUACCAUCUUUGAGAAAGAAAACUUUAUUGGACGCCAAUGGGAGAUCUGUGAUGACUAUCCCUCCUUGCAAGCUAUGGGAUGGUUCAACAAUGAAGUUGGUUCCAUGAAGAUACAAUGUGGAGCCUGGGUUUGCUACCAGUAUCCUGGAUACCGUGGAUACCAGUAUAUCUUGGAAUGUGACCAUCAUGGAGGAGACUAUAAACAUUGGAGAGAGUGGGGUUCUCAUGCCCAGACAUCCCAAAUCCAAUCAAUUCGCCGUAUUCAACAGUAGUGGAUUAAAGGCUCCAAGAAAAUUCUUCAAGCAUGAGAUCUUGCUAAGCACUCUAGAAUGAAUUUUAUGUUCUGCUCACAGACAUUGCUUCCAAAUGUUAGCUGCUGAAAUCCACAAUAAAUGUCAUUUAAAAAAAAAAAAAAAACAACACCUUGUAGACUGGGUUAACUGCCAUGCUUCACACAAAUCACACUUAGGUGGCUGGGAAUUUUUAGACAAGUUUCAUUUAAACUCCAAACCAACGUUAGUGUCCUUACAAGUUACUCAACAGGCCAAGGAUAGUUAUUCCCUAUCUCAAAGCACAAUCAAGUAUACAACCCAAAUGUUGUAUCUAUAAUGACAUCUUAAAGUUUUGCUAUAGAGCACAUAUGCUCAACAGAAAGACAGA